AUAAUGCACUCUGGUUAGGCAGUCAGCAUUAAGAUAUUAAGACAUUCAAAUGACUAUCCGCAGCAGAGCUUCAUUUCGCCCAUGAGGUCAGAAGGUUUUGAAAGUCUGAAAGAAUUUUUGGAGCAUUUAUAGUUUGAAAAGAAAUUGAGAUCGAAGGUUUUAUUUUUUUAUUUUUUUGGGUGGAGCUCGACGUAUGAGGAAGCAGGAAGGUAUAUAAAGGACUUGUCUUGACUCGUCGAAAGGAACUUGUUUUCAAACAAAAGUCCUUAAGAAUCAGAAGGAUACUGUUUUCUAGUGGCAUCAUUACAGGAUUUAAACAGCAGACAUGAAAGACCUUAGACCACUGAAGCUGACAUUCGGUUUAAUUCUCAUCAUGGCCUCUGGUCCACUACUAUCCACCACUCUGGGUAGAGACCACGGACUGAAAGAGUUCAAGAACUUGAUGAAGAACGACACAGAAAAAUUCUGCAGAUACGUUGUCUGUCAGGAAAAUGAGACUCCUGGGAAUUGUCCUGAGGGCACUGUUUACACGGGGGGCGUGGCCCAGUAUGGAUGCUGCGGCGCAUGCGUCAGGUUCAGACAAUUCAAUGAAAGUUGCACCGGGAGCGUCGACCCCCUUUACGGAGGGGGCUACACGACUGACCUGGACACCCACUGGAACAUCUCUGGCUCCGGCAAUCGCAGCAAUACUCUGUAUUCCCACUGGUGCGACUUCAACCUCGAGUGUGAUGUGGAGAAUAAAACGUGUCAGCUCGGAUCCCCCGAAGGAAACUGCAGGUUCCUGCAGGAUCAGUACGACGCCUUCCUGAAGGACCCCGAAGAGGAUCCGGAGGUCAAUCCUACGAGUCCCAAAUAUAUCCACUUCCGGGACGACUACAGAUGGCGUCCUAACUGCACUGAAGGAGGAGACUUCGUCGAGAAGCAGUGCAAAGGACCUCUGUUUGAAGAAAGGUGUGUUUGCGUAGACCCCAACGGGAACACAAUUUAUGGGUCGGCAUUCCCCUUCCAGACGGUGCUCUAUGACACAAUGAAUUGCAAAUGCUCCAGGAGAGUCUGGGAGAGAUACAAUGCUGGAGCAUCCUCGGUGACGCUCCAUUGCUCCGAGAACGGAAACUACGAGCCUCUGCAGUGCGAAGACGGUGUGUGCUAUUGCGUUCAUCCCGCAACGGCCACGACUUACGGACCUGUGCUGCCUGAAGAAGCUAUCAAACUUCUGCCUUGCUACAAUGGAACUCAGAUUGGAGCGCAGUAUCUCAGGCGCUGCGAGAGCGAGUUUAAAGCGCACACCAUCCUUUCAAAUCUACUCAAAAGUAAACUCGUCCAGGCUCCAUCCAUGACUCUGAAAUGUGAUCCUGAUGGAUCCUACGCUCCCAUACAGUAUGAUGGAGCCAACCCUAAGUGUUACGACAAGUACAAGAACAUGAUCUACCCAACAGCUGGAGACGGGUGCCAAUGCAGAAGGGACGAGGACUUUUUUGUCAAGGAAGGGAUCCAGGUCGAAAUGCAAUGUGAGGUGAAUUCCGGGAAGUACACAGAGAAACAGAUGAAGGGUGAGACGACAUUCUGCGUCGACGGGGACGGCGUCCGCGCUGGGCCUAUGGUUAAAGCAAAAGGAUUCGGCGACAAGCUGGACUGCGCAAAGGCCGCCUCCUGUCAAAAUGGCGACAAUGACAGUUGUCGUAAGUCCUGCAAGGGUUGCCCCAAAGAAGCUUACGUCGAGCAGGUCUCUGGGAGAUAGGCGUCUUCCUGUCACUCUCCAAGACUAAGUAACUAACUGUCUUACUCGAGGAUAACAUAAGUUUCUAUCCAUCUAAUCACGUAUACUGAUCUUCAUUAGGCUAUAGGCUUAUAUAAAUAAGUAUGUCUUUGUCUACAUAACCACAUGCUUAAAUACACACAAAUACUGAGCUACAUUCGGCUACAGGCUUUUAUAAAUAACUAUGUCUAUCUAAUCACAUGCUUAGAUACACACCUAUACUGAGCUACAUUCGGCUAUAGAGUUAUAUAAAUAAGUAUGUCUGUCUAACCACAUGCUUAGAUUCACACAUAUACUGAGCUACAUUCGGCUAUAGGUUUAUAUAAAUAACUAUGUCUAUCUAAUCACAUGCUUAGAUACACACAUAUACUGAUCUACAUUCAGCUACAGGCUUAUAUAAAUAACUAUGUCUAUUUAUCACAUGCUUAGAUAUACACAUAUACUGAGCUACAUUCGGCAAUAGGCUUAUAUAAAUAACUAUGUCUGUCUAAUCACAUGCUUAGAUACACACACCUACUGAGCUACAUUCGGCUAUAGGGUUAUAUAAAUAUCGGCUUUAGGUUAACUUUUGUAAUGUGAAAUCACUUUCAUUCCAUCAUGAUGACAUUAAAAGGUUUGAAAUUCUA